CCUCUUUCCCGAUACCUUUCUCUUCCCAGCGCCCAACUCCCCAACUCGUCCCCGAUGCUGGAGUGCGGGAGCCCUAGCCGCCGCAUGGGCCGCGUCCGACCCCGCCUCCGGUAGCCGCCCCGCCACCGUCCCUCCUCCUCCUCCUCCUCUUCCUCCCCCUCCCCGUUCUCCUCCGCACGAGGACCCCCACACCGAGGAGGCCAAAUCCAGUUCCUGGCGAGCCGGCGGUCCGGCGGCGACCUCCUACUCAUCCCCGUUCUCCUCCGCCCCUGCCUCAACCCUCCCCGACAACGACCGGAGCCGCUCCGCUGCAAGCUGCGUCGACCCGGCCCUCUCCAGUCCUCCGUGAACCAUUCCGCCGCAAGCUGCAGUAGCAGCUCGCCCCUCGUCCGCCCCUGCACGUCGUCUUGCCUCAGUAGCAACUCAAGGUUGAUCCGGUCUGAUUAUCCUCUGUGGUCCACUUCUGUUAAGCAAUGUUUUACUGCACUCACUGUGCUGAUUAUUGCCCAUACAUCAAGGAUCCUGACAAAGGAUAUAUAUGCUGUGGAACGUGUGGGAAGGUUCUUGAUCAGGACAUUUACAACGCUGAGCCCACUUUUGUCAAGGACGGCUUAGGGCAGAGCCAGAGGGCUGGAAACGUUAUCUCAAGCAUCGAGAGCGGCAGUUCGCUAUCCCAUGAAAGAACUUUAAUGAAAGGGAGAGACGAGAUCUGGCAGAUUGUCACUAGCUUACAUGUUGGUGGUGGAGAUACUAUCAUUGACAUGGCUCAUAAAUUUUAUACACUAGCUGUUGACCAUAAUUUUACAAGGGGCCGUCGAACAACUCAAGUUGCAGCUGCUUGUCUUUACAUUGCCUGCCGGCAAAGUAAAAAGGCUUAUCUUCUUAUCGACUUCUCAGAUUAUUUGAAGAUAAGUGUUUAUGUCCUAGGUGCUGUUUUCCUGCAGCUUUGCCAAGUUUUGCUGCUUGCGGAACAUCCAAUUGUUCAGAAGCUCAUAGAUCCCAGCCUCUUCAUUCAUCGUUUUACAGAACGUUUACUUGGAAAAAGGGACAAUGCCGUCUCGGACACAGCCUUACGCAUCGUAGCUAGCAUGAAGCGAGACUGGAUGCAGACUGGGAGAAAGCCAAGUGGAUUAUGUGGUGCAGCAUUAUAUAUCGCUGCACUUUCGCACGGGUAUAAUUAUACCAAGUCAGAUAUUGUUGGAGUUGUGCAUAUCUGUGAGGCAACGCUAACUAAACGUUUGAUAGAGUUUGAAAAUACGGAUUCUGGUAGCCUAACGAUUGAAGAUUUUUUGGCAAAGGCUGAUGAAGAGCAACCUGUCUCAAAACCUUCACGCAAGUCUGGAGAAGUCCUCUGCAAGCACAAGGAUAAAGACACUGAGCAUUUUGCUCAUGGACUUUGUGAAAAAUGCUACAACAAAUUUAUUAAAAUGUCGGGUGGACUAGAGGGCGGGGCUGAUCCUCCAGCUUUUCAACGAGCUGAAAGACAAAGACUCGAAGCUGCGAAAAAAUCCGAGGAAGCUGCUGCACUUAAGGAGGCAGCAUUAGGAGAGUCGAAUUGUGAGAUACAGAAUUCUGAUGUUGAAGAUAACAUUAUUAGCCUUAAGAAGGGGCCAAUUGGAGAUAAAUCUUCGACCAUUCCUUCUGAGCAAAAUGCAAAUGAUAACAUAGCUUCGAAAGAUCCUGAAGUGGGAGGUGAAAACAGUAAACCUGAUGCUGAUCCAGAGAGUUUUUCUGAUAUUGAUGAUGUGGAGGUUGACGGGUAUCUUCACAACGAGGAAGAGACACAUUACAAAAAGAUAAUCUGGGAAGAAAUGAACAAAGAAUACAUAGAGGAACAAGCUGCAAAGGAAGCUUUGGCAGCUGAAUUAGCAGCUAGGGGUGUGGGCGUGGGAGGGGGACAACAGAAAAAACGAAGACGUAAUGAAGACACUAAGAACUUGUCACCUGCUGAAACACCAGCUGAAGCAACAUACAAUAUGUUGAAAAGGAAGGGACUUGGGUCAAAAAUCAACGUUGAAGCCGUCGGUGGAUUGUACAAUACUAAAGAUGAAGAAGGCGAGGCAAAUGAAAAAGGAGACAUGGGCUUUGAUGGGGAAUAUACACAGGACAUUGGUGAUGGCGAAACAUUUGAAGGGGGCGACGACUAUGCAGAUUACAACAAUGAUGGUGAAGGUGGUGCUGGAGCCUAUACUGAUUAUGAUGAGUUUGGUUUCUAAUAGCAAAAUUCUGAGAGGCAAGCUCAACAAAAUUUAUUUAGAGUUUCAGUUGACUCAAAAAUCCUAUUUUAUCCAAAAGCUGGAAGAAAUGAUUGCAAUAUUCUUCAUUUGUACAAGAAGAUAUUUCAGUAUUUUUGAACUUCUAAAACAAAUGAGGUUUCGUUAAGAUAGACCGAAUUCAUAGUCAAGUCUAUCAGUGUAUGAUUGAAAGAAAUAUCAGUGUGAUCUUAACUACGAAUCUUCUACUCAGGCCUGGUAACUGGUUGUAAUUUGUUACUGAUGGUAAAAGAAAUAGGUAGAAUUGCCAAUGUGCUAUUGCAAUGUAAUAGGUCGCAUACUCAGUAUGUUUAUUGCUUGAUGCAUAUACAUUAUAUCGCUGGUUGUGACAAGUUACUCCUGGUGACUGCGAUGUAUGAUACAGCGGCCUUGACAUGCA